AUGGCCAACGUCGGCCCUUCUACCACCUAUUCGUACGCCGUGGACCAACUCGGCGGCACCUCGUUGCAGACAUGGAUCCCAAACGCCGCGCUCUUCCCUUUGAUUGGCCAUGGUUCAUCGUUUGUGGUGGACUGGUCGGCGUCGUUGGCAACAUUGUUGCUGGUACCGCCCAGAUCCACCGAAGUCAUUAUUGGCGGUCAGGCCAUCAACGGCGUUGGCUCAUCUCUCUUUCUGCUCUCAAUUCCUACCGGCAUGGAAAUCGUGCCGGCGGACCGUCGAAAUUUGGCUCAAGGCCUAAUGGGCUUGAUCAACGGAGUAAUCUCGAUCAUCGCUCUAGUCACAGGUGGCGCUUUUGCGAAGAUGUCUGCCGACGGCUGGCGGUGGGCUUAUUUACUCAAUGCCAUCUUCUUCGGUGUUUCGGGAAUAUCGUUGAUGCUGUUAUACAAGCCGCCUGCCACGAGGCUGCGCAGCGAGAACAGCACACGAGCAUGCGACAUGCUCAGGUCUAUCGACUUCAUCGGCAUCUUGUUGCUGCUCUGUGCCGUCAUUGGCCUCGUCACACCGCGAACAUGGGGCGGCAACGCCUACCCCUGGAACAGCGCAAGAGUUAUCCCGGUCCUGAAACCUUUGGUCGUAGCGAUGGCCUAA